AUGGAGUCUGUUCGACAAGAUAUCCCAGACUAUGAUGUCGUCCCUGGCACUGUCUAUCUGGUGCAAGGUGCACACCAAGACGGCUUCUCCUCGAAAGACAUCAUCUUGAUGCCCACACCAUCGAGUGACCCUCGAGAUCCUCUUCGUUGGUCGAAGUGGCGAAAGAGCUAUCACCUCUUCCUCCUCGUAUUCUAUAGUGCGACUCUUGGAGCCGUCACCAACUGCGACUCUGUCGUGUAUCUCAAUCUGGUACAGAUCUAUCGCACCGACAUCAACAGUCUGAACUAUGCUGGAGCUGUGAUGUUGUUGCUGCUCGGAGUCGGAAACGUCUUCCUAGUUCCCAUGUCUAAUANNUUCGGUCGACGAUCCGUAUAUGUCUGGACACUCGUUUUGGUCUUGGUGUCCGAGAUUUGGAUGGCUGUCUCGAAAGAGUACGGCGAAUAUUGGGGCGUGAAUAUACGUAAGUCUCUCGUCAGUGCUUAUGAGAGUGACGCUCAUCUUCAGCAGNUGCGAGGCUUGGGAUCUUCGCCAUUCGAAGCACUGCCAGCCAUUUCCAUCGCGGACAUCUACUUCGCCCAUGAACGCGGCGGCAAGCUCGGAGCCUACGUCUUUGGCUUGGCUUUCGGAAGCUUUGUCGGUCCAGUUUGUGGCGGCUACAUGGUCACUGGACAAAGUGUCAGGUGGAUGUACUGGUGGGGCGUUUUGUUCCUGGGCGUCUUGCUCGUGCUGUUCUUCUUCACAUUCGAAGAAACACACUUCAUCCGGCCUCUAGACUCGCACGACGAAGCUCUGGUCAGCAUUGCCGACAUGCCCGAGCUUGACAAAAAGUUGACGAACCAGUCCAUUUACAAAGAGCCGGACAGCCAGAGCACACACCAACACUCUGAAGCCAUUGUUGGGGAAGUCUUCGAUGCGGAAGGAUUCAAGAUCCAAUACAGUCUAUGGAAGACAUAUCCUACAACAUGGACUGCAGUUUUCACAGAAUGGUGGAUGCCACUCAAGUGUCUCGGGCUUCCAGCGGUUGUCUGGGUAAGUCCCCCGUCGAUGCUUAUGAGAAUGUCACUGACCUUUAUCAGUNGCGGCAUCAACUAUGGUACUUGUGUCAGCUGGCUAGCGGUCAUGGGCACAACCGUCGCUCUGAUCUUUGCGCCACCCCCUUACCUGUUCUCCAACAGUGCCUUGGGCCUGGUCUGGUUCGCACCACUCAUCGGUUCUUUGAUCGGCGCGUACUUUUCGGGUCCGCUGAACGAUCGGCUUACAGUAUACCUCAGCAACCGCAACAGAGGUUGGAGAGAGCCAGAGUACCGCCUGUGGGCUUUCAUAUCCAGUGCGUUCAUCAUGCCAGGAGGGUUGAUCAUCUAUGGCGCCACCGCUGCUCACGGGCUGCACUGGAUUGCCCCAGUCUUUGGCAUGGGCCUCGUCGGGUUCGGUCUCAGUGUCGGCGGCACGGUGACCAUAAGUUACAUCCUCGACUCGUACAAAGAGAUUGACACGCAGGUUGUGACCACAAUCAUCCUCAUCAGAAACAUCAUCGGUUUCGGAGUAUCUUUCGGCAUACAGUCAUGGAUCCAAGGCAUGGGACUGCAGAAUGCUUUCGUGGUAAUCGGCUGCUUGAGCUUCGCCGUUACCAUAUUCGCAAUCUUCUUCAUCAUGUUCGGAAAGAAGAUGCGAAAGUGGACUACCUCCCAAUACCAGCAUCUGAUCAAGACGAAGGCCAUGUAG